AGGCAUCACAUCCUCAAUCCCAUUAACAUGUUAGAAGACGACCUCUUAGCCCGCUUCGCAGCGCUUCGAGCACCACAAACACCACCAGACGACCCUUCAUCGUCAACCGCCCAGCCGAGCGGAAGCGUCGAAGAACAAGCACGCAAGAAACAGGAAGAAGAUGAAGAAGUUGAGCGAAUAGCCAAUGGGAUGCCCAGUACAUCCCUUUUGGAAAGUAACACGGAUAGAGAGGAUGAGGAUGAAGAGCUGGUGAAGCGGAUGGCUAGGCUUAGAGGGGACAUCGAAACGAGUGUAGAUCGUGAUGAUGAUGCAGAUGUGGAAGCAUUUCUGGAGAGUCUUAAGUCUGGUCCUCCCAAUAACGCUCUGGGGGACGAACCUGAUGAAAAGAUAAUCACCCGAGCAUUUGCUCAAGUACGUGCAAAACGUCGAAAUUCUGCUACCUCGGAAGAAGGGGAGGAAGGCGGUCCAACGGAAGAAGAGAUCCUUGCUCAAGCGUUAGACGAAGCCAGAUUAGAGCAUUCGCCAUCUCCUACAGAUCCAGGGGAUAAUAAGGACGAGAUAGGGGGUAAUGAGGACGAGAUACCCGGGGUUGCUUUCCCUUCUUUGCCCAGCCAUGCACCGCAAGAAGCGGACAUGAACGACGGCGUCGAUGAGGAAACACGGCAAAAACUAAAUCUUUUACUCGGUCUUACUUCUCCGACUCUGAAAGGACCAACCCUCCCUUCCGCACCAAAAAAUCUGCCGAGUAUUCACAAGUAUGACCUGCCAGGGUACGACUCAACCAGAGACGAGGCUGUCGAUACGUGGUGCUGUAUAUGCAAUCGAGAUGCGUCGCUACAGUGCUUAAGCUGUGAUGGCGAUCUUUAUUGUGAAGAGUGCUGGAAAGAGGGACAUGGUAAUGGGGAUGGUCAGGAGAAAGGGCAUAGAGUAAAGAGGUUUGCCUGGGGUGGACGGCAUCCUCUGGCAACGUGAUUUGCACAGUCACCAACGGGGAAACGUCAUUUUCAAACCAUGGCCCCUCGUAUAUUUUCUUUCGCCGCUGUAAGCUUUCUUUGGCCAUGCCGCCAAUCUGAUAAAUAGAUGUAAGCAAUCGAGAUGGGUCGUUGCAAUGUUUUUGCUGUGAUGGUUUUUAUCGUGCAGAAAUCCGGGAAGAGGGUUAUAAUGGUCAAGACGGGUAUGAUGCAAAAAGGUUACUGUAACCUCUUUGAUAACGCGAAACGUGAAAUGAAAAAGUACAUGGA